AUGGAAGAAAAACAAAUCUACUUUUGUGUGGUGUGUGGAUGUCCAUUACUCUUUACUGGUCAUUUAUUUGACCCACCUGAAGAUAGUUUUCUUUCUCCAUCACCUCAAACAGAUGGAUUAUCAAAUAUUUCCAAAACAAAACCAAAAAAUAAUUUGUUUAAUGAUGAUAGCUCGGAAGAAAGUAAUUCUUCAUUUACAUCUCCAAUAAGAACACAACCACGUUCCUUUACAGAAGAAGAUACAUUUCAUCCAAAUGAAAUAAAAGAGCGUUCACAGUCUUCAAUACCCAAAAACGCUGUAGUGUUAAAACCAAAAGUGAAAACAGGUGUUUUGCCUCCUAAACGAAAAGGUGGAUUAAAAACAUUGUUUUCGUUUUCUCAAUCCGCUCAACCCAUCUUUUCUGAAAUUGAAGAACCUCUAUUUCAUUUUAACCUUUCAUACUCAAGUGUUACUGAAGAAACAACAAAAGAAUUACAACAAAUAGAGGAGAAAAAAAUAAAUAAACAAGUCAAUCUCCCUAAAUACCCUGUUUCAGUAGUAGAACCAACAAUUGCACUUUGUAAAAUCUGGGAAAUAGAAUUUCCUAUUUGUUCUAAAUGUUAUCAAGUAAUUAGCUCUGCACUUGAAGAAACAUUGGCAAUGCUCUCAUCUGAAUUUAGGAAACAAAGGAUAAAAUAUCAAGAAUUAAUAGAAUACUCAAUUACUGAAACCUUAGAUGAAGACAUUAAAAAAGAACUUGAAGAGAUUGAGAAAUUAACAGAUGAAGUAACGUCUCUACAAAUUCAAAACGUUAGACUUCAUCAUCAAAAAAUAAUUGUUAAUCAGUUAAGAUACAUUGAAACAAUGAUUCAUCAAAGCCAUUGCCAACAACUUAAUGUUCUAGUUUAUUAUAGUAGUUAUUCAGUCAUUGCUUUUCAUAUUCCACAAAAUUCUAGAGUUAAACGACUUGAAAAAUUUUUAAGUUCUACUACGACUUUUGACCAUUUGUUUCAUAUUAAUUGGAUAAAUAACAAUGAUAUUUCAAUUAAUGGAACUGCUGUAGUCACUACUCUUCUGUUUAGAAAUAAAAAAAAAUAUGCACUAAUUGUAGACACAAUUCUGAGGAUGAUUAGAGUGUUAGAAAGACAGUUUAGUCUUAACCCUCUUCAACUCCCUAAUAUCCAUGUGAAAAAACCUGAUGACUUUUUUAUGUAUUGUUUAGUUUCACUUCAUAGAUUUAUUAUUUACACUAAUACAAUUAAUGCGGGUCUUAUUAUUCCUUAUUACACAAAUUUAGAAACAAAGAAGAUAGGUAGAGCUCAAUUUAUUCCUGUAUGUUUAAAUAAUAGUUAUGAAAUGUUUGAAAUUGGAUUACGGUUCUUCUUUACUGAUGUGAAAAUAUUGAUUGAUUAUGCAACUAAACUAGUCCAGAAUGAAUGA